AUGUCUGUCAAGUUCGAAAAGGAACAGAUCAGGACCACUGCGCCUGUGGUUGGGAGAGAUGAAACCACCGCCCACAAGAUUGGUGAGGCUCUGACCGGUGGAAAACAACAGAAUGGCUACCUUGCAGCAUAUCUCAAGCAGCUUCAGUCAAACCCACUACGGACCAAGAUGUUGACGUCCGGUUCCCUGUCUGCCUUACAGGAACUCCUGGCUUCCUGGCUCGCCCAUGACCGUAGCAAACAUGGUCAUUACUUCAGCUCCAGGAUACCCAAGAUGGCCAUCUAUGGUGCUUUUAUCAGUGCCCCAAUGGGCCAUGCCCUCAUUGGCAUGCUACAAUGGGUCUUUGCCGGAAGAACUAGCCUCAAAGCCAAGAUCCUUCAGAUCAUCGCCAGUAACUUGGUGAUCGCACCUAUUCAAAACUCGGUCUAUCUGACAUCCAUGGCUGUCAUCGCUGGUGCUCGCACGUGGCACCAGGUGCGUGCCACUGUCAAGGCCGGCUUCUGGCCUGUCAUGAAAGUCAGCUGGAUCACCUCCCCAUUGGCUCUGGCCUUUGCACAGAAAUUCCUCCCAGAGCAAACCUGGGUUCCCUUCUUCAACAUUGUUGCCUUCACCAUCGGCACCUACAUCAACACUCACACCAAGAAGAAGAGGCUGGCAGCCCUACGAAAGAGACAUUAUGGCAGCAGCGAUGGCAGGAGCCAAUCUGGCCGCCCGGAUGAGAGAUACUAG